AUGCAUAUUGUUUUGAUAGAACUCCUUGAUGAAGAGGAAUUUGGGGAGGCUGCAGAAUCCAGAACCUUCGAUGAAGAUUCAACAAAUCCAGCAAAGGAACUUGGCCUUUUGGAGGAAAACCCGGAGACAAGUAUGUUCUUGAUCCAUUUACCAGCAGCUUUGCCAGCGAUUAAAGGAUCAGCUUCUUCUGGAGGCCAAGUUGACAGUGAGAGCUCUUCUAAACCUCAAGGAUCCGUGAAAAAAGUGAAUCCUUGUAAGUUGAAUGAACUACCACCUGGCUUCAUGGGCAAAAUGCUUGUAUACAAGAGUGGUGCUAUCAAGCUGAACCUUGGCGAUACUCUUUAUGAUGUUUCCCCCGGUUCAAAUUGUACAUUUGUUCAAGAUGUUGCUGUUAUGAAUACUGCUCAAAAACAUUGUUGCGCAAUUGGGGAGAUCAGAAGGCGUGUCAUUGUGACUCCAGAUAUAGAUGACAUGGUAGAAAAUCUCACAUUCAUUCGACUAUCCGAAAGUGAUCUUCAAUCUCUGACGUCUCCCUCUUUGUAUUUGCGCAGAUUAGUGUGACUCUUUGGGUGAAGCCUCCUAUUGGUAAACUGAAUUGGUGUUUAGCUUUCUUUCUAUCUUUUCUUUUCUUUUCUGUUUUUGACUCGAUACAGAAUGUAGAUGUUGUCUAUUUAUAGUUUUGUUAAUUGUUUAAGCGAGUGGUGAAGCAUUUAUUAGUUGAACAGACUAUGGCUUUGUUAAUUGUUAAUUGUUUUGCAAAAUGCUUGUAUACAAGAGGAUGAUGAAGUUGGUAUUUAAGAAGUUGAUUAAACUGUGAUUAAUUUAAGUGACAGAGGAUUGUUUACAGUUGGUGUAAAAGAAAAACUCAAUUGUAGAAGAUAAAUUUUACAAAUGAAAUGGUGAUGAGAAAAUAAAAGAAAAUCCAUUCCAGUAUUGUUGCAUUAGACAAGUUUUUGCUAUAUUGUAUUCAUAUUUAUUAUUAACUAAAUU